AUGAACUUGAGCGUAUUAUUUUACUCCUCCGAUGGAUGGAGGUCGGUGAAAGACGGCGCGCAUCACAGACGUGAUAACUCCGUAAGUUUGUCUGCGGGAAUUUCUACACCCGAGUCAGUCGGCAUCAUGGACAUUGUGCUUAACGUCAGUUUACUAGCUGGAAUUAUUCUAUUUGGAGCAUUUGGCAAUUUAUUAGUUAUCAUAACGAUAGCUCGCAACACAACUUUUCACAGAGCGCCGUUCUUUUUCAUGCUCAACCUUUCCAUUUCCGAUUUAUGCCGAUGUCUUUUUUGCAUUCCGUUUGUGAUUGCCUCUGCCAUUGAAAAUGUCGGAUGGAGUCACGGAGAAAUAUCAUGCACUGUGAUCGCUUUCACCAACUUCUUCUUUGUGUUCAACUCAUUCAUAACACUCAUGACCAUUGCAAUUGACCGUUACAUAUCAAUCACCUACCCGUACUUACACAAACGUUGGUUACAUGGGCACACGAGUCUCGUUUUGGUUGCCGUCGGCUGGUUGCUAUCAGCGUUGGUGUCGCUUCCGCCUGUUUUUGGUAACGGGUCGUACACCUUUGUUGAAGAGGAGAGUCAGUGCACAUUCAAACACAUGUCCUAUAAACACAGUGACACAUUCGGCUUUCUGCUCGUCCUAACGGCCGUGCAGUUCGGCUCGCUUUUCAUCUACGUUCGCAUUUUUCUUUUCCUUAGAGAACAUCGAAGAAUGAAGCCUUUAGAAAACCCGCCUGCCAUGAGUUCAAACUGGACAUUUGCUGCCCCGGGACUACGAAAUGUGUUCCCAAUCACGUGGGCUGGAGGGCCCCUUCGUCCGAUACCCACCAUCACUCAAAAUUUAUCAAGUGCUAACGGACCAAUUGAGCACGUGGGAAGGAGGAAGAACGAACAUUUGAGUCGACUUUUCUUUGCUGUGACCACGUGUGUGUACUGCUUGUGGUCUCUAUAUUCCAUUCAAUCGUUUCUGCUUAUAUUUUCAAGCAUUGUAAUUCCAAAAAGUGUUCGACGAAUCACGACCUGGGCAACAUUUUUCCAAGCUUGUGUCUCACCCAUCGUCUUUAUAUUUCAUUACAGAAAACUCUUGAUAAAUAACAUACGCUUUUACAGCAGAAGAAGGGGACUGUGGUAACUCUUCAUUCAAUGUCUGUGGACCAGUCUGAACGUGUUUUGUUUUCUGUUGUAGUGAGAGGGUGAUUACCAUUGGCCAGGUGUGCAUGAAUGGACAAUAAAUCUAUUUAAGGAAGUUAAACCAUGACAAAAUCCGUACAUCUAAUUUAACCUGAAGAUGUUGCAGGUAAUUUGAGCACCUUACGUUCUUAUGUCGGGUCAGUGGCUACGAAUAAAAUUCCAAGAAGGAAGAUUUCUAUUAUCGACAUUUUUAUUUUUACGAUGUAAACCAAUCAUAUGAACACUAAAUAUUAUAUCAAUUGUAUGAGGUACGUUUUGGGGAAUUUUAAUUUUAUUCAUAAUUUUACUGCAUCGAAUUUUGAUACACGUGUGAAUAUGUGGCCUUUGAUUAGAACAUAAGAACUACAAAUGUAGUACGGAUGCAAGGCGUAAAAAAUGACCACAGUUAAAACGAUGCAGAACUGAUAAAACCAAUUACAAAUUAUUUCACAAAUCUCCAUGACAAAAUUUAUUGAGUACUAGUAUCCAACGUGCUCAAAGAACAAUCCUAGAUUUAAAAUUGUGUUUGAUGUAUUUUAAUUCAAUGUUGAGUGGACGGAAGUGAAUGAAUGAGAUAUUAAUCCCUGUUCGAGGAUUUAUUUCUGAGUUGUGUUCGAGAAUCUUUCACACGUAAAUACAUGUUCAUAUACUUUUUUGAAAUGAACAAGUUGACUCUAUCGUCUUUCAAAUGAAAAUGUGAAUACCAUUAAAUCUCAUGAGAAUGUAUAUAAUUUUAUAAUAGCAUGAUCAGAAGAAAGAGUUAUAUGGCAUUUUAUUGAUGUAGUAUUUUCAUAGAUAUUUCGUAUGCAUCUGUAUGCAUCUGAAACUGAUAUUUAUAUAUACUCAGUAAAUUUACCAUGUAAAAGAAAUAUUUUGGCAAUGUAGCAAUUUUUGGAAGUAAUGUGUAUUGAUUUGAGAAUUAUUUGCACGCUUUUAUAACAAUAUCCCCUUUAUAAGAAUAGCAUGUUCGGAAAUGAAUUAGACACACAUCAUUACGAGGACAUGGAAAGAUAUAAAAACGGACACUCCGAGUAUACCAUUAUUACACGAAAGCUUAAUAAUUCAUCAUUUGUCUUUGUUUUUAUGAAGGUUUUGGUGUUUUUACAUCCUCCUGUAGCUUUUUUAUGAAUGAAGGCCUUUUGUUAGUCCGCAAUAAAAACAAAUAAUGUCUCACUAAUUUCCUAUCAAGCCUCUUACAAUGUAUCUAUAUCUACAAGCAAUCAUUUCAUAUCAAUUUCAUGUAAUUACAAUUUAUCGAUGUUUAAUUUGUGUUCGACAUUAAUUUCUUUGUACAAUGUACUUUCUAAAAACAUUUC